UGUGCUGGCCCGGCACACUCAGUUGGUGGCAAAUUUUGAAGAGAAUUAAAUGUGUGUUGGAUCACUUUUAAUAGCACAUUCUCCGCGUUUUCUAAAUUUUACUGAUUGCAAAACCGCAAAAUCCUUUUUCGUUUCCAUUUUUCAAAAGAAGAAAGAGCGCUCAAUUUGCACCCUUGCACUUAGAAUUUAAAAGUCAGCGGAAGUUAAGAAAGUGAAAAGUGGAUUAUGAUAUUUGCCUUUUAUAAUAAAUUUACUAAAAUUGAAAAGUAAACCGCCAAGAAAUAAUAGGAAAAUAAAUACAUACUCGUAUUUGGCUGUGAGAACUGUGAGAAAGGAGCUAAGCAAAUAAUAAAACUGAAGCGAAUUUAAAGAGAAAACCCAUAUUGAGGCUACUCACUUCCUGGUAGUGAAAUUGUUUUCUGCAGUUUUUGACUAAAACUACAACACAACAUCAAAAUGGUUAACAUAGCGGACAGCGGUGGUAAACAAGCUCCACAAGAAAUGGAACAAUUCCUGCCCGGCGAUGGCACUACAAAAUAUAAAAUUCAGCCCCGUAAAGAUGUCGAACAGGCGCUGGCGUCUUCAGAUUUCGAUCCCUUUGCGGCUCGCAAGGUGCCAAAUCCAACAACUGAUAACGAAACACUCACGCAUUUGCUGAAGGCCUCUUUGGGCACUGGCAUCCUGUCCAUGCCUAUCGCGUUCAUGUACUCGGGCAUUGUGCUUGGCAUUUUUGCUACCAUCUUCACAGCAUUCAUCUGUACACACUGCAGUUAUGUGCUGGUGAAAUGCGCACACAAACUCUACUACAAGUCGCGUCGCACGCAGAUGAGCUUCGCCGAAGUUGCUGAGGUGGCUUUUCAGAAUGGGCCAAAAUGGGCACGUGGCUUUGCGCCUGUCGCCAAAUUUUCCAUACUUUUCGGACUCUUUUUGACCUAUUUCGGUACCUGUUCCGUGUACACAGUAAUCGUGGCCAAGAACUUCGAACAGGUCAUGGGCCACUGGUUGGGUUAUCAGGUUUCACUUCGCCUACUCAUCUCGGCAUUGCUGAUUCCAUUAAUUCUACUCUCGUGGAUACCAAAUCUGAAGUAUCUUGCCCCCGUCUCCAUGGUGGCUAAUAUUUUCAUGGGCCUUGGAUUGGGCAUAACCUUCUAUUAUUUAGUUAGUGAUUUACCGCCAGUGACGACGAGGGAGUUCGCGAAAGUCUCCACACUGCCAGCUUUCUUUGCCAUCACCAUAUUCGCUAUGGAGGCAAUCGGUGUUGUAAUGCCGCUGGAGAAUAACAUGGAAAAACCGCGCCAUUUCCUCGGCAUCUGCGGUGUACUAAGUCAGGGCAUGUCUGGUGUUACUUUGAUCUACAUGGCGCUCGGCUUCCUCGGCUACCUACGUUAUGGUACAAGUACAGAAGAGAGUAUUACACUGAAUCUACCGGUGCAUGAAUGGCCUGCGCAAGCUGUCAAAGUGCUGAUCGCCUUGGCUGUGUACUGUACAUUCGGUCUGCAAUUCUAUGUAUGCCUUGAGAUUGUUUGGGACAGUAUCAAGGAUAGAUGCACAAAACGUCCCGUACUUGUAAAUUAUGUUAUGAGAACCGUACUCGUCACCGCCGCCGUUGUAUUGGCCGUUUCAGUGCCUACUAUUGCCCCGUUCAUGGGGCUAAUCGGUGCCUUCUGCUUUUCCAUACUAGGACUUAUAUUCCCUGUACUGAUUGAGCUCAUCACACAUUGGGAUACCGGCUUUGGUGCUUUUAAUUGGAUUCUGUGGAAAAAUGUGGUCAUUGGAUUUUGCGGUAUCGCAGCACUUAUUUUUGGUUCUAUGAGUGCAAUAAACGACAUUAUGAAAAUAUACACAACAACGGAUGCAGCAAGCGAAAGCAGCACAUAGAAGCUUAUAACAUUACUACUGCUCACAGGUAUUGAGCAAAAGUAUCGAAACAUUAAGAGCGCUUUGAUAUAUGAAUUCGCACUUCAACACGCUCUUGUCGCUAUACCGUUGGAUAAUUUAACUGAAGUUUUAGUUAGUAUUAAGUAAAAGUAUAUGAUGUAUACAUAUUUAUGUUUCUAGAGUCUCUACAUACAUACAACAUAAAAUAAUAAAAUGUAUAUGAAUAGUUUAAGCUGAGAAAAUUAAGUAUAGCUGUUUCUUUUAGAUUAGAAAGGCAACAGAAACGUGUAUUAAAAAAAGUGCCUCUUUAUAAAUUUUUAUUAAGAUUCAAAUAGAACUAUAUGUCUCUCCAUACACUGUUGUUUUAGUUAUAUAUGUAAAUAUAUACUAUAAGCUAUAGCGCCACAACGCUUGUUGUAAUUGCACUGUGUGUGCAAAUGUAGUUAACAAUUCCAUUAACUGUUUAAUAAUUCAUCCUAUUUCCUAAUUACAGAGAUGUAAAAAUCUUUAAUUUUAGAGCACCUAGUUUUAAUUUCCUGCUAGCUCAUUCAUCAACAAAGUUAUGUGUAUAUUGAUAUGCCAAUAUGUAACUAGGUACAAUCUAGUUGUCUAUUCAAUUUCAAUUAUUGUUUGAAAGUUGUGUUUUUUUUAGUCAACUAAAUUAGUAGUACUUCAAACGAUUGUAUUUUUAUAGUUUUUGCUUUUGUAAAAUUUAUCUACAUAGUAUUCAGAUAUCAGUAAGCCAUCCAUUCUAAAUCACUCAGAAUACGUUUUAUUAAAAUAUUGUAUCAAGAAUAAUAAUAAAAAUCAAGCAAACAUUUUUAAAUAUUAAAUACAAAUAUUAUGUACAUACGAGUACAUUUGUAUGGUACAUUGCUUUAGGUUGUAUGAGCAAAGAGUAUAAAACAGAUAUUUUUAUGCAUAAUUUCAUUGUCAAGCAGCUCUAAGUGAGCGAAAAAUGUGUGAGCUCAAUUUUAUCAUGAAUAUGGUUGCAUUUAUAAAUACUCGCAAAUGCGUUAAAUGUCAAUGAAGAUUUAUACUUGACAUUGAAUUUAUAUGGUCAAUUUGUACAUUUGCAUACCAGACACACACAUUUGUCUACAAAACUACAUAACUAUGUGCAUAUGUAUUUACACGCAUGUAUAUGUAUGUAUGUAUAUAAAACAACGAAAUUCCAAAAAAAUUAAUAUUAUUUUUGAUGCAUUUUUUAAUAAAGGCCUAUAAAGAAGAUGCUAAACGGA